GGUCAAACGAAGUAUGAAGUGUCUCAGUGUAGCACUUAAAACAACUAUUUAGUUACUGGGCAUAAUUUAUUUUUUAAUCUUAUUUUUUGGACCAUUUGUGAUUAUAUUACAGCCGAAGGCUCUUCAUUUAUUUUGUUAUUUUAUUAUUACUACUAAUCAUUAUAAGUUCAUCUUAAAUCUUUUAAAAUGAAUUUACUUCCAUUGCUUACUCUCGUGGUGAGCUGUCAGGCUGUAUAUGCAGACGUUUUCUACGUCAAAUUACACCAAUCUGAAAAUCUUGACUGCAUUCUAUUGGACCAGCAAACCUUAUCCAAGUAUAAGGGAUUUGCCACAAAGGACGAUGGAAGCAGCCACGCUUUACGUAUCAAAACUAGCCAAGCAGUUCACUCUCCAGCCGAUUUCCACCAAAAAAUUGAAGAUGAAUCAAAAAUAAUAGAAAUUUUUGCAAGAGCCCAAGAAGUUUCAGAUGCACAUAUAGAAACCCUCUGCAAAUCAGUAACAAACAUUCCUCCUCUUUCCGUGUUCCAGGAUAAUAUCGAAAUCCAAAAAAUUGUAAACGGAGGAGAUCAAUUAAACAGAAUCGACGUGGUAUUUAUGGGAGAUGGAUAUCAAUUGGGUGCAAGAGAUCAGUUUUUUGAGGACAUGAUGCGAUUGACGACCAAUAUGUUUGAAGGUGUCACCUUCUCUUCCUACCUUCCCCUUUUCAAUAUUUGGGCAAUCUUUGUCCCAAGUGUGGAUUCUGGAAUCGGCUAUAACGGUCCACAAAACACACCUUUCCGAUUAUACAGGGAGGCAGGACAACUCCGUGUAAUUUGGCCGGGCAAUUCGGAGUAUGCUCGACAAGUUUGUCGAAUGACAGGGUUAUCAGGUUGUGACUAUCCGUCGCUGAUUGCGAACGACGAUUUCUACGGCGGAUUAGGUGGCGAAUUUGUCGUUUCUACCAAAAGCAAUCGAACUGGCACAGUGGUUCUUAGGCACGAAAUGGGACAUAAUUUUGCGGAUGUGGGAGACGAGUAUGAUAACAGUUGGGCGUAUUUCGGGGCCAAUUCCGCAACAAAUGUAGUAAACGUCGGGUGGACAUCGUGGCUGAGUGGUGGGCCCAUUCCAACAGAAGAAAGGGCGAUUUAUCGGCUAUUAGAGUACCCUUGGGCUGACCUCUCCCUUGGCGAACGAAGCUUUACUUUCACUUCGGACGGAACUUAUAGCCGGUUUUAUCUUCUUGUCUCCGUUUCGGCGGCCGGCGAGGAGGAUUCCCUUGAGUUUAGUCUCGACGGCGUUGUCCUCCCGUGGACCACUCAAGGAUUUGAUGAUCGCGAGUUUUACGACUGGAAAGGCGACGGAUUUUCGCAAGGCAGCCAUAAUUUCACUGUGAGGUCUAAAACCCCUCCCACUCACGAAACCAUACCAAGAAUGAUCUGUUCCGUAACACUUCACGAAUACGGGGAUGAAACAGAAUACCACACGUCGAACGAUUAUUACUCGGCGUACCCAACUUGGGAUGACUCUGCAAGUCGACGAAAAACACUUCGUCCAACAAAUAAUGGCUGUCUUAUGAGAAACAUGUCGAGCACGACAUUUUGCAGUGUGUGCAAAGAAUCAAUGUGGCUCCAAUUUCUUGAGAAGGUCUCCUUAGUUGAUUCCUUGGUUGUUGACCCACUUCCAAACCCAGAUGGGACCAAGAGAGUGAGACUUAAUACCCUGAAAUUAGGUCAACUGAGGGCUCCCGGAAAUGAAAUUGAUGGCGAAUGGCUGAAAACAACAUGGUCACGUGAUGGAGUCGAACAAGUUGAUAUGACAGAUUUGUUCGAGGUCAGUGCCUUCCCUGGACUUUGGACUGUUCGCAUCGAGCUUGUUACGUCCGAGGUUCACUCAGACCCGCAGGGCCUCCUAGUUGAGACUCAGCAAUUUACUGUUCAGUAAAAGUCAGCCGUUUUUAAACCAUGGCCAAAUUAUCAACCUCGAUAUCGAUUCGGUCGAUUAUAUCAUCGUAGAGGUACACAUCUUGUAUUUGCAUAUUAUGUACUUGAGAAAUAUCAGGAAUAUCCAUUACAGAAGUUGCUAGCUUUGUGGGAAAGAAGCCUACUUUCUAAGUGAUUACUUUGGAUUUGUGGCAACGUUUGCAUCAUCGAAUACUGGUUAUUAUACAGACUUUGGUGAUGAAAGUUGAAAUUAAUUAAUUUCUUAUCGCUCUCUUCAGUGAAGAUUAUUUAAAUAAUAAAUUGUAAAAGUAACCGAAAUCUUUAUAAUUUUCAUCUUUACUUAAAUUUUCAUCAAUUAUGCAAGUACAUACAAUGGUUAACAUUGGUCAAAAAUAUUCUCAGAUCACUUUUUAUAGCUUACUCUUCUUGUCCAUUCUAAUUUUCUCAAGGACGAUCUUGACCACUUCUUCGCUCGUUCCUGGCGCUGAAGUGAUUGAAAUGAGCUGUGAAUUUUGUAUUAUUUAUUUUCAAUUUUAAGAUGGAUAUAUCAGCGUUUGUUGUAAGUCUUGUGUGUAUAAUUGGACAAUGAUUACAAUAAAUUUUGUAGUGGGGUGUACCGGAAACAGGCCUGUUUAGUACAUUACCCACAUUAAUAUAUAGAAAAAUUACAAAAUUUGUAUGUAGAAAGCG